AUGCAUCCGGAGUACAAGACGCUACAGGAGGGCGGGAGUCAGGACUGCUCCCGCUUUCUAGAACGCCCCUGUGGAACUCCCAAGGAAAGGACCACCCCUCCCAAAAGUAACCCCGGUUUUUCCAAACUGCUUUUGGCCUCAUUGCUGAUACUUUUCCUGCUAUUGAAAAUCUCAUUCUGUACUGCUUUUAUCAUUUUCUUUCAAAAAUGUUCUCGGGUUCUUGAAGAAAAAACUACUACAGAAGAGCCAAUUCAUACAACAUUGGAGUGUGUGAAAAACAAUUUGACCAUGGCAGAGAAAGUCUGGAGCUGCUGCCCCAAGAACUGGAGGUCAUUUAGUUCCAAAUGCUACUUCAUUUCUACCGAGGCAAAAUCUUGGCAUGAGAAUGAGGAGGACUGCUCUAGAAUGGGGGCUCACUUGCUGGUGAUCAGCACCAAGGACGAGCAGGAUUUCAUCACCCAGAAUCUGAAUGAACAUUCUGCUUAUUUUGUGGGGCUGUCAGACCCGGAGGGUCGGAGACGUUGGCAAUGGGUGGAUCAGACGCCGUACAACGAAAGUGCCACAUUCUGGCAUAAGGGUGAGCCCAAUGAUCCCAAGGAGCGUUGUGUUAUGAUGAAUAUUCGCUCUUCAAAAUGGGGCUGGAAUGAUAUUCAUUGUGAUUAUCCUCAAAGGUCAGUUUGUGAGAUGAUGAAGAUCUACUUAUGAACUGAACAUUCUCCAUGGACAUGUGGUUGGAUUGGCAUCCAUCAUUCAAGAGAUAGAUAAUAAGCUCGUUAUUUAUGUGUAAGGGAGUGCCACAGAAUUUUACGCAGUCAGCUAUUUCACUUAUGAGAGAAUUGGUCCAUACAUUCAUUCAUUCAUAAAAUGAGCAUUUAUCAGGCAUUUUCAUGUGCAACAGACUAUACUCAGAGACACCUUUUGUGUACACAUGGAGGGAACAUGAGCCUCUCUCCUAACUUUUGUCUGACUGCUUAGGGAUUAUUUACUGAUACAAUUAUACAAUGUGGGUUUUUUGGUUUUUUUUUAACC